AUGAAAAUGUCCGUUCGUCGCUUUGCCCUCGCCGCAGCCCUUCUGCUCAGCCAGGCUUCAGCCAACACGCCUGUGGCGAGCUCUCCACCAGCCAGUAGUCAGGCCCAUGUGGCCACGGAAGCCUGCCAAACGCAGCUAGGCUUUAGCUCAGUGAAGUCGGUACCUACCACGACCAUCACUCGUACGAUUCAUCAGCGUACCCCCGUGGUUGUCCUCACAACAACUCUGGAAACCGUCACGGUCACUCCUGCUGUGUCGACCGAGAUAGUGACGGACUAUGAAACCACUAUUGUCACCUCCACAGCCGAUGCAAUCACUGAUAUUUUCUCAACAACCUCAACUGAGUUUGACACUGCCACAUUGACUCUAACUCCUGCUCCUAUCACCACAACCGUCGCCGAAGUCCUCUCGACUAUCGCGACCAGCACCUCCACCAUUGCUACCUCUGCAGGCUUCACUCCCAUUGCAGACACCCUGCCUCCCACUGUUACUGCCAAGCGCUCAUUGGAAGAGGAUGAUGAUUGCUCUCCUUGGGUGGAUGAUUACAAGUAUCCCCAAGCGGUCGUGUGCCAUGAGAAGAACAUUAUCAAGACCACAACUGUCUCCACUGUCACUGGAUCACCCAUUACUGUCACGGUUGCGAUUCCUACCACCACAGUGACAAUCACCAACACCAUCACCAGCAGCUCAGUGGUUCUUCCCUCGGAUGUCUCCACCACACUGAGCUUCAGCACCACCUCAACCACCACCGAGACAACAGUUGCUGCCGGCGAAACGAGCACAGUUACUUCCACUAGCACUGUUCUAGCGGGUACCACCACCACAUCCUUCUACGCAGCCUGUGCCACAAACAACAUCGCUGGAAAUCCUCUCUCUUCGGACUUCGGCUCGGCCGCGGGCAAAUACAUCUAUUCGCUCGAGUUCACCAACGUCCCCGGCCUAUUACUCACAGUUGGAAACACCAAUUCCGCAUACGAUUGUUGUGCCAGCUGCAUUGCAAGUUCCACUUGUGCUAUGUCAUACUACUACGCGGGUCCGUCCAUCAAAUACUGCUACAUGGCUACAACAAACACAUGCUCACCUGCUUCUAACUAUGGCAAGGCUUCUCUCCAGACCGGUGUGACCGGUGUGCAAGUCUCCAAUGGAAACUGCGGACAUGUGAUAGGUAUAAAUAUAUAA